AUGUUUUUGGAGAAAAUAAAUCAGAAAACUGGCGAACGAGAAUGGGUGGUCGCAGACGAAAACUACGAUUUGGCACAGGAGUUGGCGAGGUUGGGAAAAACACUUUUUUGCUGGAAAUUUCGAAACUUUAUCAAUUUUUGUGGGAAUUUCAGAAGGCUCUCCGAAAAGAAUUGUUCAAAAUUGCAGAAGCCGUUUCGGAGACAUGAUUCUGGAUUUCGAUCGGAACAACAAAUUCCUCGAAGGCCUAAAAACGACGAUUCGUGAGAAAAAGAAGGAAAAUGACGGAAAUGUGCACGUUCUGGAUAUCGGUAACUGAACAUUUGUGAAUUGAUAAAAAUUCAAUUUUUUCCAGGCACAGGAACCGGUCUGUUGUCCCUGAUGGCCGCGCGAGAAGGCGCCACGAAAGUGACCGCUUUGGAAGUGUUCAAACCGAUGGGCGAAUGCGCCAAACACAUCACUUCCAGCAGUGAAUGGAAGGACAAGAUCACGGUAGAAAAUCUUUAUUAUAUAUAAAACACAAGAGACGUCUGUCUGAGUAGACAUUCUUUCAGGCUUGGCUACGAGCAUUGCAGCAAUGCUCGUAGCCAAGCCUGAAACAGUCUCUGGUGCCCAUAGAAACUUAUGAAAGGAAGUUGUUUCCAUUUCGAUUUAUAAAUGCCAAAACUCGUUUGAUCAUGUCGUCGUCGUUGUCCACGGAUCCUCCGAACGUAUCCAUCGUCACUGAGUCCACGUGUUUCAUCAUCCGACUCCCUCACAGCGGUGCCAAUCCGUCCACCGUCAUCCGCUCCGUCCGAUCCAUCCACGAGCCGUCUGUCCUUCAUCCAAUUCCAUCCGAAUUCAUCCGAUCCAUCAACGAUCGAUCCGCGAGCAUCUUCCCCUUCAUUUUUUCGGCCAGCCAAGAAAGAAGAAGAGGGGAGCCGGCUUGUUUGUCAUUCUUACUCUUUGUGGCGGUUUCUACUGUUGCCAAAAGUUCAGCACACUUUUUUGCAUCAAUACCUCUCUUUCUUGCUCAUUAUUGAUUAUCCUAGACACAAAAUACCGAAAUAUUCAAAAAGCCAGAUGCUUGGUAUUUUUCUUCCAAAUUGUAUACUUUGUUUCAGGUGAUAUCGGAGCGCUCGACAGACGUGUCCCAAAUCGGCGGCUCCCGUGCGGACGUGAUCGUCGCCGAGGUGUUCGACACGGAAUUAAUCGGAGAGGGAGCUCUGCGCACGUUCAAGGAAGCACUGCAGAGACUGGCGAACCGCGGCGCCCGGGUCGUUCCUUCUUCCGGAAAUGUCUAUGUCGUUCCCGUCGAGAGCCGGCUUCUUGACUCGUUUAAUCGCAUUCCGACACUUAAUGGGACACUAGGUCAGUACUGUUCUCCAAGGUUUUCGUUCGCUUUGUCACUCAAAUCCAGAGCGGAUUUGCACUUUGUCCAACUUAGCGCAAAUGCAUCGACGUUGUGAUAGUGUUCUAAACAGUCCAAUUUCCAAUUAUGUAAUACGAUUCCUCCAUCAGUUUUUUUGUAGAUGAGCACCCUCUGGGCUCCUGCUCCGGCACCGCCUCCGUCUUUGAUCUGCAGUUGUCCGAAGUGAAAACGAGCGACUUCCGAGAGCUCUCCGAGCCAAUUGUCGCUUUCAGGUAACACAAGUCUGUCUCGAAUAUUCAAAACAACUCUCCGAUAUUAGAUUCGAUUUCGAGCACGAGGAAAAAAUAAUCUUCGACGAGUCGUUCACACGAGAGGCGAUCGCCCACUCAUCAGGCACCAUUGACGCACUUUUGAUGUGGUGGGACAUUGAUAUGGACGGAAACGGCGACACUUUCAUCGAUAUGGCACCCAAAUGGAGGAAUCCACACAAUUAUGCUGUCGGUAAUUUCAAAGAGAGCCUAACUUUGCACGGUCUUCGUAUCGAGCAUAUCUUUAGUGCAAGGUUUGAUAAUCCAAUCGGCCUGAAGUUCAUAGGUGCGCGAUUUUUGAAAAACGCCAAAAAAUUAAUCCGGCCUUGCGGUUGGAUUGAGAUUUCCAAACCAGCGGCAACCAUAAGCUGCUAAUUUUUUUUCCGAACUGCCGGCGCUCAACUCAAAACACCUAUGCUGAAAUGUUCACCGAACAUAGUCGAUAGCAAGACUCGUAAUUGUGUAAAGUUACGGUCCGACUUAUGGAAAUCCUUAUAAAUAACUGAAAUUUGCUUGUAGUGGCGAGACCAUUGGAUGCAGGCGGUCUAUUAUCUUCCGGAAAAGAAACGUGUCGGGAAAGAGGCGAAAUUCGAAAUUGUGUGCAAUCACGACGAGUUCAGCAUGUGGUUCAGUCAGCCCGGAAAAGAGUUCGUACUAAUCUUUUUGCUUUUCUCGAUGAUUUUUGUGAAUCUUGAAGGAUUCUGCUCUUUCUGCUCAAAAAUACUCUUAUUUUCAGUGCCUCGCGUGGCUACUGUACUUGCGGCCUUCACUCGAUGCUCAGUCGUCAGACAAUCUACCACAUUAAUGAAAUGUUUGAAAAUCGAGAGUUCCGAGCAGAAGUCGAGAAGGUAAUACGGGUCUCACCACGAAUAACAAGUACAGUAACCCGAUUGCAGUUGUCCGAAAAUCUCCACGUGGCAACUGUCGGCGAAGGAUCGUUCAUCGGUCUGCUGGCCGCGAAAACCGCGAAAUCCGUGACCAUUUACGAGGGAAAUGAACGAUUUCGAGCGAUUUUUGAAAAGUUUGUAAUGACUUUUUACAGAUUGCUAUAGAUUGUUGACGAAAAUUACAGAUAUAUUGCCUACUACGCGAUGAAAAACGUGAAAAUCGUGGAGAAAACAAGCGCCCUUGUGCCGGAAUCGCCGGAAUUGGUGCUCGCCGAGCCGUUCUACGCGUCCGCCAUGAAUCCGUGGAGCCAUUUGCGGUUCCUCUUCGACGUCGAAGUGCUCCGAAUGAUGCACGGCGACGAGUUGAGGGUCGAGCCGCAUGUGAGCAUUUUCACGCGCAAAAUCGAAAAAAAACUUCAUAUUUGAAACUUGAUCGGUUUUUCACUAAUUUUCGAUAUGUUUCCCUAGAAACCCCCUAAAAGUCCCAAUUUUGCAGCUGGGAACCCUGAAAGCCCUGCCGGAGCAGUUCGAAGACCUGCACAAAAUCGCGAGCGACGUGGGCACCGUCAACGGCUUCGACCUCUCGUUCUUCGACGGAAUCUCGACGAAAGCACGCGCGGCGACGGACGGAAUCGUCGACGAACAGGGCCUUUGGGAGUACGCGGGACGGACGCACGGACCGCCCGUUCCCCUCCUCCACUUCCCCCUAGACGGACGCGUUUCCGACCGGAACGCCGACGUUAUCAUCGAGAAUAUGCGGUUGGUUCUGCGGUUUCCGUCGCAAGAAAUCAUCAAGAUACUGUUGUAGCGAAUCGAACGGAAUUCCCUUGUGGAUGGAAUGGCAGUUCGGCAGUGUGACCGUGUCCACCGGCCUCGUCGGAAUGUCUCCAGAAGGCGUUCCCGAAUGGAAUAAAGGGUACAAACAAGGCGUCUACUUCCCGGUUUCUCAACUUUCCGACCAGGAUUCCCUCCGUGUUCGCGUUCGAUUCGACAAAAACACCGGAGAGAUUGACUUUCGGUUCUCGAAAGUUUUAUAG